AUGAAGUCUCCCACAAACAUCGCGCAGAUAGCGACGGAUCUUCUACAUCCACAGGGUCUACAAGUCUCUUCGUGCACGUCUAUACAGUCGCUAUGGGCUGGGUAUGGUCACAUCUGUCAUGUCGAAGCUACUUGGGACGGGGUUGCGGAGUCGAAACUAUCGCAUACACAGAUAUGUGCUGGUGAUGACAAGCCACAGUCUUUGAUAUUGAAGUAUAUACAGCCACCAACGACUACGGGGAGAGGUAGCGGCAAUGCCAACAAGUCCGUGGAAGAAGGGCACAUCCGCAAAGUCCUCUCCUACCAGGUCGAGCAAUUCUUCUAUACACACCUUGCGCCUCGGAUGCCACCACAAAUCGCCGUGGCACCAUGUAUAGCGAGCAUCAAUUCAUCUUCAGGCGGGACGAACACUACAGCUAUGGUUCUGACAGAUCUACGAGAGAAGUUUCCGAUAGCAGGUGAGAAGCGAGGCACUUUGAACGAGAUACAGGUGAAGGCCGCUUUGAACUGGCUAGCUGGAUUUCAUGGCUUGUGGUGGAUGUCCACCAACGAUUUCGACCAUAGUCAAUGUGUGCUCCCACCCCUUGAGCAUUAUGCACAGCAUCAAAGCUUGAGUCUGCCUGCACAAGGGGGAGUGUGGCUGAAUGGAGGGUAUACUUACCUUGCUACACGGCGGAAAGAAUAUGCUGAUCUGCAAGGGGAUUCUGAUUUGGAGUGGUCGUCGAAGUUGUGCCAGCCAGUAGGUUCAGGGAGGUCGAGUAUCGCUGAGUUGGCAGCUGAGUUGUUGUCUUCUUCGCGGGCGAUAGAGCCAUACAAGACGCUAAUUCAUGGCGAUGUGAAAAGUGAGAAUCUGUUCACGACUGCCAGUGGUGACGCUGUGGCAUUCUACGACUUCCAAUAUGUCGGUCUUGGACUUGGUGUGUGUGAUCUUGCAAAGCUGUUCACCUGCUCCAUACCUCUUCAGAUGCUAGUGGAUGAUCUGGGUGUGGUUUAUACUAGCUCGGAGCUCACGAUGCAGACAGGUGAGGAGCAACUUCUUCGUGCGUAUCUGUCUCAGCUUCGGAAGGUGUCCUCAAAGGAGUACGAGUGGGAGGAGUUCGUAAGGCAUUGGGAGACUGCGCUUGUGGAUUGGUUGAGGUUCCAGGCUAGCUGGGGUUUCUGGGGAAACAGCGAGUGGCUUGAGUGUCGGGUCAGGUCUAUACUGAACGACAAGAGGUGGAUGAAGUGGUUAGAGGAGUUGAUGGUGGAUUGA